AUGUCUGGACCGGUUUCCCAGCUCAGUAAUGAGCGUUUGAGGGAGUUACGUGCUGCCGUCCAUUCGUUUCUUCAGGAUUCUAGCGUCUACUCCAGUAUUCGUGACAUUAUAGAUACCUAUGUCACUGAAAAUCCCGAGGGUUCGGUGACAGCAUCAUCUUCGGCUGACGUGAUGAAAAUUAUACGUGAAAGAGGUCUAGUGCAGGAACUACUGAACAAGCUGCAGGAUGAGAAGCGUGCGGACGCCAAGAACACAAUAACUCCUUGUCAUUUAUGGAAGCUUCUUCCUGGUGAAUAUUAUUUGCAUGUCCGGCUUGCAGGGGGUAAGGCAUUUGUGGACAACCUUGACAUAGCUCCCAGUGUAGCCCAAGACUAUCAUAUGUACGUGGCCUUGCAAUUUGGACCCCAUCGCUAUCGAUCCGUUUCUCAAGAUGUUUCUGUGGAUCCGCCCUUUCGUGAUGAGUUUCUGAUUCAUCUUGACUACAAAGCAUUUGGUACAUCAGCCCUCGACUUGAUUGAAAUUUCCACCCCUUUCAAUUUGGCUGUCAUACGGGAGGACCGUUUUUUAUCAACAGCGACAAUGGUUGGUGAGAACGUUGUUGACUGGAGGAAAGUUUUACGAACUGGCUAUCUUGGGUUAACCGUAGAAUUGUGUGGUGAAAAUCCAGGAAUCCCCGCGGGUAUUAUAGAACUACAAAUAGAAAUACUUCCCAAUAAAGCGCCUCGUUUUACCGAUGAAGAAAUUGUCAGGAGAAUUGAGUUGCAAAGGUCAGGAAUAACAUCAGCCGAUCGCGAAUUUCUUCUUUACGCACGACGUUGGUGGAAAGAAUUCCAAGACAUUCGACCGGGUCACAAACAGAGGAGAGUGAAAGUGUUUGCUUCUACUCCAAGUGGGAGAAUGGUUCCCACGGCCCACUUCGUCUCCGUUAUUCGCUCCGAAAGGGGGAUUGAAACCCCUUUCGACGCAGCAAGGUUUGUUUCGCUGUUUGCAGUGACAACAGAAGAGCAUCUUACUCAGGAAGUCCUUAGUGGUUCUGGGGGUAACAGCUCUGGGGCGACGUGGGUUUCCUUGCUUACUUUCCUCUCCCAGAGGCGUGGUGAUGUCUGCAAUCAUUCUACACUCCUUUGUUCGCUUCUGUUGGGGUUCGGUCUCGACGCGUACUGUGCCGUGGGAAGCGAUAGAAAGGGGAAGACGACAAUGUUUGUCGUGACGCGCAGGAGGGUUGUGGCCGGCACCUUUGAAGUCACUCUGUGGGAGCCCACCUCCGGGAGUCGCUUUUUACUAACAGAGCCUCACCCGUUUGAAACCAUCGGCUGUAUGUUUACUCACCGAUCGUUUUAUGCAAACAUUCAGCAGUCCGAUUUUGUAGUAACUACUUCAUUCGAUGUCGACAACGAGGAACUGUGGAAGCCCAUGAAUCCUCUGAAACUUCGCAUGGUUCCCAAGUCACCCAACCCAUCGCUCUUAUGGGUUUCUCGUGAUGUCAAAAAGCUAGAAAAUGAGCUACAGGGAUCACUCGUGCGGGAAAUAACGAAUUACCGUGAUGCACGCGGAAUCGUUUCGAACAUCGAUGAGCGACUUUCGUACGUUCUUUCCCAGGCUCUUUGUGCCUACGAAAACCACCGAAGGAGGGGCACACCAGAGGAUUUGUCACUCUUCGAGUCUUGCGUGAAGGGAACCAUUGGUGAUGGCAAAACCUUCAGAGGCGUUCCAGUUAACGUUACGCAUUUGAACUCUCACAAGAUACUUGCUGCAUUCGGGGAGAGUACCUCGGGAAGAGAGAUAUUAGAGUUGAGUGCAGAUGGCCUAACGCUUGGUAUCCAAGUUAAGGUUUUCCCCUUCCCUGAAGAGGUGCUCUCAGUUUGGGUAAUGCUGGCGGCAGCCUACAGGUCUCCAUGA